AUGCGUUCUUCACUCCUUUCCCUCCUCUCCCUCCUCCCCCUAGCCCUAGGAGCAGACCCCCGCUCCUGCACCGGCAAAACCAAACUCUCCCCCUCAGACUUCACCCUCCAAGAAUCCACCGACAACCAAUACCUCCCCUCCCUGGACAAAAUCUUCGAAAACAAAAACACAACCAUCACCCACGUCCUCGCCACCCCAAACCGCUCUCUGAAAAAGGGCAAACCCUCCGUCGGCAACGGCGACCCCGCCGAAGCCUGGGCCUGGAACUCAGGCGACGAUUCCACACCCAAGUGGACGCCGCAGGGCAUCUCCAGCUCCGCGGACGCACUGGGCAAGGGCGAGUGGAACGGCCGCGAGGUGUGGAUGGUGAGUUGGCAUAAUGAGAAAGACACCAAUGUGAGGAUUAGCUUUGUGGAUCGGGAGACGCAUGAGUACCGCCAUGUUUUGUUGGUUGAGCCGACUGCGAAGGAUGACUUUGAGGCUGUUGCUGUGCAUGCGGGGGGCAUUACGUGGUAUGGGGAUCAGUUGUUUGUCGUUGACACGAAGCAUGGAUUGAGGGUGUUUGAUCUGGGGAGAAUUUGGAAGGUUGGUAAGGGGGAGAAGAUCGGGAAGGACGGAGAUGGGUAUUCGGCUGGUGGAUAUCGCUAUGUUGUUCCCCAGAUUCGAUCCUACAAAUGGACCCCCGGCAGCGACUCUCCCUUCCGAUUCUCCUGGGUCUCUCUCGACCGCAGCGACUCCCCCGACACUCUCCUCAUCGGCGAAUUCGUCCGCAAAGACAGCGACCCCAUCCGUCUCGUCAAGUGGCCCCUCAACGCCGACACCCGCAAACUCCAAACCAACGACAAGGGCAUCGCGUCCGCCAACUUCGCGCACUGCGUCGACUUUCUCCGUGUCCAGGGCGGCUUCUCCACAGACAACACCUUCUACCUGUCCCGGAGUAACGGCAAGGCUCCCAAGACCGGUGAUCUGUUCAAGUGGAAGCCUGGUGAGAAGAGCGAGCUCAAGGAAGGGUGGUUUAUGGCGGGCAAUGAGGAUUUGAGUUAUAAUCCGGUGAAGAAGGAGUGGUAUACGAUUACCGAGUAUCAGGAUGAUCGGUUUAUUUUGACUUAUAAGAUGUGA